AGAUCAAAUCAAUACAAAGAAAGUUCAGGACCGAUACGGUCCUGUGGCCAUCCAAAUCGAUCAAGUGUUCGUGUACGUAGCCUGCGCCGAGUCGAUCAAAGUACAGAUCGAUCAAGUGUGCGUACGUGCUCGUAUUGUGUCCCGGCUAGAGGUGCUAGUGCUUAGUACUAGUACACGUCAGGAAGAAUCGAUUGGAGAUAAACUAGCAGGAGGCUAGCUUUGUGUUGCGGUGCACCUCGAGCGUAAAAGCACUUCGUCGAGUUCGUCAGUGAGCUUCGUUCGUCAUCGUCGUUCGUCGUCAGUCAUAUUGCCGUCACCGGAAGUACUCGGCGUCGGGACUGGGCCAACAAUUGGUAUCAGAGCAAGGUUGAUCUUCUAGUAACGGAGGAUCAUGGCGGACGACAAGAAGAACAAGCAGCUGGCGGAGUACUCCGGCGCGGCUAAAGUAUUUGCUGCUCCGGCGAGUUCGUCGUACCCACGAUUUGAUCGCGAGAACUUCGGGGUGUGGAAGGCCCUCAUGGAGUGUGGUCUCCGCGCCAACGAGCUAUGGGACGCGGUCGACCCAGGAGGCGACGCCUUCAAGAAGGAGGGAGCCGAGCACCGGAAGGAUCGGCAGGCGGCGUCGGCGAUUUACUCGGUGAUGCCGAUGGAUGUCCUCCAGCACCUAAUCGCCAAAGCAACGGCGAAGGAGGUGUGGGAUACGCUGAAGCUCAUGUUUGAGGGACACACCCGCGUCAAGCAAGCCAAUCUCCAAACUCUCCUAAGGAACUACGAGACUUUGGUCAUGGGCGACGAUGAGUCCGUGGAUGCGUUUGCUUCACGGGUGGCUACUCUCGUCAAUCGGAUCCGCGCGCUUGGAGAAAACCUCACGGAGGCCUCGGUUGUCCGGCGGUUCUUGCGCGCAGCCCCUCCCCGGUACCUGCAAAUUGUCACGGCGAUCGAGCAGUGCGUCGAUCUCGCGACUCUCUCCAUCGACGAUCUUGUCGGACGGUACAAGGCUCACGAUGAGCGGAUGCGGUACAGUCUUGGGGACGGGAGGAACGACGAGCUUGUGAUGCUCACAAAGGCGCAGUGGAUCGCCCUCAAAAAGCAAGGCGGAUCCACGAGCAGCAGCAAGAAGAAGGGAAAGCAGCGCUCGGCGAGAAAGAACUUCGCCGACUCGGACGACGACUCAGACGAUGAGGCUGCACCACCACCGAGGAGAAAGUUUGACAUCAGGAAAGUGAGGUGUUAUAACUGUGGCCUCCUUGGCCACUUCAAGGCUGACUGCGAGGAAGCACCGAAGCAGAAGGCGCUCAUAGCCCAGCAAGAAGAUGAUAGUGACAUGAUGUUGAUGUGCGAACUCGUGGAUACGAAGGAUCCAGUUCUUCAAGCGUCGGCUAAAGAAACAGUCGUGCUCCGUGAAGAAAAAGUUUGCUCUCAAGAUUAUGGUUCGGAAACUCGUGUCGACGCUACGGACAUGGGUGGUGAUUUCAAAGAUUAUGUCGAAAUUACGGGCUUAAGUGCUAACUUCGCUGGAUCGGAUGCAGCGAUCGCUGCAUGUGCACGACCAUGGAGAGGUAGUCUUUGUGUGGUGCGUCCAAAAGAGGUUAGCUGCGACCGAAAGAGCAGUUCAAAAGAUUGCCAGGCGAGGCGAGACGCAGGACGAACUACGCUCGGACCAGGAGAGCAUUGCGCGCACAUGGCGGCAGACACGACAAGGAGCGGCGUCGUGUACACCGUGUCAGAUAGCGUGGUGAGCGUAGGCAUCGUGUCACACACCGCGUCACUCUCAGCAAGCACGCAUGGCAGCCCAGUUGCUGGCGAUGGUAGUAGCACAACAGCAACCCAAGGCAGGAACACCACGUACAAGACAUGUACAACAGCUCUACCAGGAGGAAAGUCACUACUAUGUGAAAGUCUAAUAUGUGGGCUAGAAAGUGGGCACGGUCCAGAAAGAAAAGAUGGACCAAAAGUGGAGUCUUCAGAUGGGAGAGAAGCGAACCAGGGAGCUAGUCUAUCUAGCAGUAUUGUGGACACAGACCUAUGUGACGGGUCAGAAGAGGAGCUGGACCAGGACAGAAGCCAAAACGCGGGUGGUGAUGGGCAAGGCCCAUUGCCUGGUGGCCUGCAUGGGGUUUCGCCUGGUGGCCUGUGUGUGGGCAAGAGCUCAUUUACAGCUGCGGUGUUGCCGAACAGUCCAGCAGGGACGUCGACAACGCAUGUGGAGGAAAGGACACCACCUACACCCAAACAUCUACAGCCGGUGUUACACCCAUAUCUGAGGAAUACUCUUCGGACGAUUGACCCGGUAAUGAUGAACGGGAGUGGGCGAUAGUGUCAUGCUAUGAAAGAAGAGUUGGGGUCGAUCCAUGACAAUAAUACAUGGGAGCUUGUGGAUCUUUCCAACAAUGAAAAGGCGAUAGAGCUCAAGUGGCAAUUUAAGGUCAGGAAAGAUGUUGAAGGGUGCAUGAAGCACAAAGUGAGGUUUGUGGCCAAAGAGUAUGUGCAAGAGGAAAGUAUGGACUUCAAAGAAGUGUUCGUUCUCAUUGCAAAGAUGGAGUCGGUGAGAUUACUCAUCGCUCUCGCGGCUCAGGAAUCAUGGAAGAUACAUCACAUGGAUGUAAACUCCGCGUUUUUGAAUGGCGAGAUAGAAGGAGAUGUGUAUGUGAAUCAACCGCCGGGUUUCAUCAAAGAGGGAGAAGAGCACAAGGUACUGAAGUUACACAAAAUCUUGUAUGGGCUAUGGCAAGGACAUCGGGAGUGGAACAUCAAACUUGAUCGGACAUUGAUUUCUCUUGGAUUUGAGAAAGCCCCACUAGAGCAUGCAAUGUACAAGAGAGGUGAAGGAAGGGAUCGUCUACUAGUUGGCAUCUACGUCGACGACCUAUUGAUUAUUGGAGCAGAUGAAGAGGUGAUUGCAAAGUUCAAGUUACAAAUGAAGGAGAUUUUCAAGAGGGAUGAUCUAGGUCUCUUGAGCUUCUACCCCAGGAUAGAAGUACAUCAAAAGACAGAGGAGAUCACACCAUUUUUGUCCGGUUUUUUUCGUAGGUUUUUUUUCUAGGUUUUUUUUGGUCCCGCCCCCUCCCCAGCUCACGCACAGAGUCAAAAAACAUCCCGAAAAAAAACAGUCUUAUCGAUCCCCUCAAGGAGACCGCGCCGCCGUCUUGCGAUCGAGAAGACGCUACCGGAUCUCGUGUGAUCUCGCUGGCGCAUACGUCGAGGGGACGACGUCGACCAUGGAGCGGAGCCUGUGGGACGAGGUGGAGAAUGCCGCGGCGGUGACGGGCACCGCGUACGUGGUACCACCACACACCAUGGUGGGGACGAGAGGUGUUGCAGCCCUUCCCUCGAGCUUGACUCCGGCGGUCCAGCCCGGCGACGACGAUGACAUGAUCCCUACCGGUAAUGACCACGACGUGCUCCGGCCCAACAGCCUCGACCUCAACAAGCCCCGUCGAGAUUCAUCAGCCCAUCCAUCUCUUCUUUUACCACCAGGGGUUGAGGAGGAGCACCAUCAACUCACUUGAUUGGUUGUCUACUCAGAUAGAAUCGAAGAUGAAGUACGUGACCAUCAUAGCUACUGUUGGAUUCAUGUAUAUACAUUGAUUCUUCAUCCAAUUUUGUCUACUGUUUUUUAAAUGACGGAUGAGUGGAUCUGAUGAAGGAGAGAGGGUGAGAAGAAGAGACGUUGUGGGGCUGGUAGCGGGUGAGAAUAGUCUAGCUAGACGGCAAUCAAGGAUUUCCAGAAAAGGCGGCAGACUGAAAUCCAUGACGACAUGAACACUACCACGACAUCAUCACGGAUGUGACGGAGAAAUAGCGUUCGGCUGCAAAGAUGGGGUAUGUUUUUUUACAUGUUAACCAUAGACUCGACAAAAGAAGCUAUUUUGCCAAAGAACUGCUUGUCAACUAUGGUAUUUAAGCUCGGGGAUGCUAACUCAACGAGGUGUAUUGAGGCUUUAAAUUUGGAGUCGUGUGUGCGCUGCUUGUGCUGGGCACCGAUGUGGAGGCCCCUGAUUGGAAGGGACGCCAUUGGAGAUACUGCAGGAGAUGGUUGUGGCAUGCUGAUGGAGCUAGGAGCAGAAGCGGAGGCGCUGGACCCGACUCUCUUCGUAGCGACGCUAACCUGCUGGUCCUUGAUGGUGUUGGUACAUACAUGCUUUGAGAAAGAAAAUCACUUAGGAUGAUGUGGUGCUUACGGGAGGUAGAUGGCGUAGAGAGAACAUUCUAUUUGAAUAAUUGCCAUUGUGAGAUUUGUAACUAAUAUCAAAGUUAAGUAUUUCGCACCAUAUACAGAAGGUGUAGAUGGAACUGUACAAUGGUUUAUUUUACUGGAAUACAUCUAUUCUUAACAUGUUUGAGCAAUUAAAUGUUGUGGAAACUUGUGGCAGUCAAAGUUGAAUGAACAAUCAGAUAGUGCACCUACAAGAUGACAUCCCUAUAUCUCCUAGAAUAACUACUCAUACAUGGGACUUUAUAGCAUAUCUCGCGAAUGGAUGUUGACACACCUACAAGGAUGUACUAGAUCGAUGGCCAAGAGAGCUCACAUUUAGUGAUGUUUCUGUGCCGAAAUUUCUAUAGCCUUUAGUGAUGCUUAAUUCUGACGUGGGAUGCAAAACAAGAUAAUUCAGUUCAUGUGCACUAUUACUAGCACGAGUAGUUCGGUUCUUGGUGAAAGCAAUUGCCCUUUAUCUCAGAUUUUGCCACUCAAAUUUCAUUAUUAGUUUAUUAUGUUACAUUUCAUUUCUGGCAUGAGUAUACAAUAUGCAAUAAAUUUAUUUUCUACCCUUUUUUAUUCAAAUUAGAGUGAUUGAUGGUCCUGAAUCCGUUGGUUUUAAAGUGUGCAAUAAUGAAUCAAAAUUAUGUUUCUUGUGUACAAUAAUGAAUCAAUUUUGACCCACUCUAUUUUUUGGUUUCCGGGGACUCGUCUCUUUGGAAUAUGGUGAAGCAAUGGGGCAUUGCUUAUAUCCAAGUUGUUUCAAGUUGCCUUUCCUCCUCAAUUAUAAAUUCAAUGAAUAUAGAUGUAACCCACAUGAUGGAAUGAGAUGAGAACUAUACAUCCUGAUUGCGGUUCAUCCAUUAUGCAGCCAUGAAAAUACUGUAAUUCUGCGGACCUUGUUUGGAUAAUAUAUCUGACUCUCAAUUGCACGUGUAAAAAAAGGAAGUGCUAAUUCUACCUAUCCUCUUGUGGUAUUCAGGGAAGAUUAUAAGCGAGCAACUGGUUGAAGUUAGUUUCCAAUGAUAGCGCGGGACAACCGGUCUACUCCUGGAAAAGGGAAUGGUGUGUGUCAUGGGGUAACGGUCUUUCUGUUGGCCUCGCGUGUUGGAGAUAACAUGAAAGAUAGUCCAAACAACCAUAUUUCUCCCCCAUAUAUGGUCUGGAUUUAGGGGAGGCCGGACUGUCCAAACAGUUGAAUUUUGGGGAGCUCGAUGGGCAUCCGUACACGUCUGGAUGUAUG